UCCCGGGCCCCGCGCCCGGGCUCUGAGCCCGUGGCCGCAGCGCUCGCCGCCGCCCGUCAGGCCAUGCGGAGAGCCGCCGGCAUGGAGGACUUCGCCGAGGAAGAGGAGCCCUGGUACGACCAGCAGGACCUGGAGCGGGACUUGCACCUGGCGGCAGAGCUGGGGAAGACGCUGCUGGAGAGGAACAAGGAGCUGGAGGAGUCAUUGCAGCAGAUGUACACCACCAAUGAGGAGCAGGUGCAGGAAAUUGAGUACCUGACCAAACAGCUGGACACACUGCGGCACGUGAACGACCAGCAUGCCAAGGUGUACGAGCAGCUGGAUCUGACGGCCCGCGACCUGGAGUUGACCAACCAGAAGCUGGUGCUGGAGAGUAAGGCUGCCCAGCAGAAGAUCUAUGGCCUAACAGAGACCAUUGAGCGCCUGCAGGCCCAAGUGGAGGAGCUGCAGGCUCAGGUGGAGCGGCUGCGGGGCCUGGAGCAGCUGAGAGUACGCCGGGAGAAGCGGGAACGCAGGCGCACCAUCCACACCUUCCCCUGCCUCAAGGAGCUGUGCACCAGACCCCCAUGUGAAGAUGCCUUCCGCCUGCACAGUUCCUCGCUGGAGCUGGGCCCGCGGCCCCUGGAGCAGGAGAAUGAGCGGCUGCAGACCCUGGUAGGGGCGCUGCGCUCGCAGGUGAGCCAGGAGCGGCAGCGCAAGGAGCGUGCGGAGCGCGAGUACACAGCUGUGCUGCAGGAGUACUCGGAGCUGGAGCGGCGGCUGGGGGAGCUGGAGGGCUGCCGGCUGCGUGUGCAGGAGCUGGAGGCCGAGCUCCUGGAGCUACAGCAGAUGAAGCAGGUGAAGACCUACCUGCUGGGCCGGGAGGAUCACCUGGCCGAGGCCCUACUCGAGCCGCUCACCCAUGCCCCUGAGGCUGAUGACCCCCAGCCAGGAAGCGAUGGGGACUUGGGUGCCCAGGAUGGCAUCUCCUCGCCGGCCACUUCCCCAGGCCACACUGUGCGCAAGAGCUGCAGCGACACAGCACUCAACGCUAUCGUGGCCAAAGACCCAGCCAGCCGGCACGCGGGCAACCUGACGCUGCAUGCCAAUAGUGUGCGCAAGCGGGGCAUGUCCAUCCUGCGGGAGGUGGACGAGCAGUACCACGCACUACUUGAGAAGUACGAGGAGCUGCUGAGCAAGUGCCGGCAGCAUGGGGCUGGCGUGCGGCAUGCCGGCGUGCAGACCUCAAGGCCCAUCUCCCGGGACAGCUCCUGGCGGGACCUGCGGGGGGUUGAAGAAGGCUCAGUGGAGGCCAAGGUGGGGGACAAGAGCCUGAGCCAGCACGUAGAGGCCGUGGACAAGCGGCUGGAGCAGAGCCAGCCCGAGUACAAGGCACUUUUCAAGGAGAUCUUCUCCAGGAUCCAGAAGACCAAGGCCGACAUCAACGCCACCAAAGUCAAGACGCACAGUAGCAAGUGAGGCUUGCCUGCCUACAGCCUCCCCAGACCCAGGCGUAGGAGUCCCUCUCACCUGGCACCUGCAGCCUCCCCAGGCCCGGGUGUGGGGUCCCUUGCCUGGUGCAAGCAGCCUCACCAGGUCCAAGUGUGGGGUCCUUCUCACCUGGGGCCUUCAGCCUUCCUGGGCCCAGGCAUGGGAUCCCUCUCACUGGGGCCUUGCAGCCUGCAGUGAGAGAGCAAGCCCUUGAGUACCAAUACAAAAGAGCAGGUGGCCACUCCAGAGAUACAGGAGGAAUGAGGCCGCUCUGAUGCGGUAGUAUGUGGGGUAUCUGCAUGUGUUCGGCUGUUAGGGGAGGCAGCCAAAACACAGCCUGCUUCCAGGAACCCUGACCACCUACUGCAGCCCAGAAUUUAAAAGCCAAACGUUCCCACUCCCCUGGCAGGUCACCAGCUCUCCCAGUUUCCUGGCUUCCUGACCCUGUGCCUCGCCCUCAGCUUUGCAACCAGGCUUCUCAAAGCCAUUCUGAAUCAGUUGGCUUCUUUUCAGAGUUCUGUUUUUUGAGACCUUUGCAAUGCAAGGUCUCCCUAACCCUUUGCCACCACUGGAAACACUUGAAGGGGGACCCUGGAGCCAGCUCUCGCAGGUUCUAGGGCUCCUGGACUAUUCACUGCUUCUCCCCAGCUGAGAUGCGCUGCCAUUCCAUAGCACCAGCUCUCCUACCCCAGGGUCCUGACCAGGUCAGAGGUGGUCCCUGCUCUGUGAGUGGGAAGCCUCAGCCAGGCCCCGAGCACUUCCACGCCAGCUCCUGUGAGGCCUGGCUUCUGCCCUGGGAUCCUGGACCUCCAGUGAUGUAGCCAAUCAGAGGAGGGGAAAAGGGCGCACCCUAGCAGCCAUACAGGAGACGGGCACCCUCUUUCCCUCCUAGCCAGCCACCUCGGGUUCCAGCCCCUGAAAUGCCUUCUGGGUUAAGCCUUCCAGGGCCGGGGCAGCAGGAAGCCCCCCAUCUCUGCAUACCACCUCUGACGUGCCGAGCUUGACCUCUGCCCCCACUCAGGGACCGUGACAUUUCAUUCACUCCCACGGCCCCCACUGGCUGACCCCAGUGCAAGUCCUACUGCCCCCAGAAUGACCUGGGCAUGUGCCAUCAGCCAGUGGUCCCAGCAUCAGUCCAUGCCCCCCACCCCACACUGGGGGCUGCAAGAUUCUCGCCCCACACUGGAUAGUAUUGCAUCGGGACAGGGCAGGGAACGUGUGUUUUCUCUCCCAAAAAAUGCCUGCUCUUAACCUCCUUUUGGGGGGACUUUUGAGGACUCAGCUGGGUCAGGGGUUUAAUCUUUUAAGUCUCCACAAAGCCAAGCUUCAGCUACAAAAUGCCUGGGGUCCCCAGCUUGCCCUCAGCAGUUCUUCAGGGCCUCCUGUUCCUCCUGCCGCCCACCUGAGACCCCAGAAAUAGGAGGAGCUAUACAUUCUGGUGGAAGGCAGUGGUCUGGCCUCUGUGUCAGAGCCCAGGAGGGAAACUUCAUGCCUUAUUUAUUUCUAGCGGAUAAAGGGGUUUUCUUAACAAGCAUGCCUGACGCCCUGGAGGCACCACCCUGCUCCAGGCCACACUGUGAAGAGGGCUGGUGGCUGGCUCCUUCCGGUCACAUCCCCGUAACUCAGAACUUUUGUCUUUUGGGGCUGGGCAGCUCCCGGUCCUCCGUGUGUCUCUGUCAUCCAGGGUGGGGGGAAGGGCCUCAUCCUAAUCACACCCCAGCUCUGUAGCAGCCGACCAGCGUCACCUUUGGAGUAUAUGUGAGAGAAAUAUAUUUACAAAUGCUUUAUUCUCUUCUUUAAUAAAAAACGCACCAGUAUUCUGAAAACAA